UGCUGAGAGAACGCAGAAGAGACAGACAAGAGAGAGAGAGAGAGAGAGAGAGAGAGAGAGAGAGAGAGAGAGAGGCAAUACAGGAUGCAUCCCAUAACAACAUCAUAUGCAAAGAGUAGAGAGCUUGAGAGACACACAGUCGGUGAGAGGAUGGAUGGAUAGAGCCUCCAGGGCAGGGACCAAGAGCACGUAGCUGACUGCAGCACCUGUGAGCCGCAGAAACAGCAUCAUUAGCAUCUGCAGCUCCACAACCCUGGACCUGCUUUCUUACUUCUCGGAGCAUGGCAGCCCGGCCUUGUUAAUUGAAUGAGGAUAAUACGAACAGCAGCCUGUGCGCCGGCUUCUGCAGCCCCUCUUCGUUCAGCAUGCGCUGGGAGAGUGAGAGAGCACGCUCAAGUGGAAUCACUGGCGGCCGUCGAACGCAGCAUAACGCGAGCAGCGCAAAUCUCUGUUCUCACAGCAACAGCAGUCGUACAACUAAUGCGCUUACUGUUAGCUCCAGCAAUAGUAGGGACAUCAGGUAGCACAGUAAUAAGGUUGCAGGGCAGGUGUAGCUUUUAAAAUAGCAACAGUGACAGGUUUUAAAAAACAAACAUUCAAAGUAGCUCUACUGCAAUUUUGCAUUUGUAUAAGUACAUUGAAUUACUUUUUAGUGAUAGUUGUUGAACUGUAAUUACUAUUUGUGGAAUACUCUAAAGGGAAUCCAGUGUUUUAUGAUUCUAUUUGUAACUAUUAUUGAUGCUGUAUUGACACUAGUAGCAUUAAUAUCAUUCGUCUGAAGUACUGACAUGCUGUAAGAUUUCAUUGUAAGUGUGUAGUAAUUUGUUGUCAUCACUUAAGCGUAACACGUAGGUAGUGAGCGAGCUCUUGUUGUGUGAUUGUAGUUAGCGUGUCAGCUGUGUUUGUGGUUAUGGUGAAGAGAGCGAAGGCUCCAUCCAUUUUGGCUGAUGAAGGCCUCCUGGAUACGGCUGCUGAAAAGAGCAAAGGGGGGUCGAGUCAAGAACGAUAUCGGCGGUUCGGCAGACUCGUACACCAGUCGACCGUCUGACUCGGAUGUGUCUCUAGAAGAGGAUAAAGAGGCACUGCGCAGAGAGGCUGAGAGACAGGCCCAGCUCCAGCUUGAAAAGUCCAAGACAAAACCUGUAGCAUUUGCUGUUCGUACAAAUGUUAGCUACAGUCCUUCUCUCGAUGACGAUGUCCCCGUGCCCGGCAUGGCCAUUUCAUUUGAGGCUAAAGAUUUCCUACAUGUAAAAGAGAAAUUCAGUAAUGACUGGUGGAUUGGCCGCUUAGUAAAGGAAGGAUGUGAGAUUGGUUUUAUCCCCAGUCCAGUGAAGUUAGAAAAUCUUCGAAUCCACCAGGAGCAACGAAACAAACAGAGCAAAUUCCACCCCAGCAAACUGGGGGCUAACUCCUUGUCCAGUUUAGGGGAUAUUGUCCCAAGCUCUCGAAAAUCUACUCCUCCUUCCUCAGCCAUUGACAUAGAUGCUGUGGGUUUAGAGUCGGAGGAGCCUGAACCUCCUCCUCCUCCCCAGCAGCGUUCUCCCAAAGCCAGCCCAAACCAAGUUAUAUCUACUUUAACCCGUGAGAAACGAAUGCCCUUCUUUAAGAAGACUGAGCACAUUCCUCCAUAUGAUGUGGUGCCCUCCAUGAGGCCUGUGGUCCUGGUGGGACCUUCACUCAAGGGUUAUGAGGUGACAGACAUGAUGCAGAAAGCAUUAUUUGACUUUCUGAAGCACAGAUUUGAGGGAAGGAUAUCAAUCACCCGGGUAACAGCAGACAUUUCUCUAGCCAAGCGAUCUGUCCUGAAUAACCCCAGUAAACACGGCAUCAUUGAACGCUCCAACACACGCUCCAAUCUUGCUGAGGUACAGAGUGAGAUUGAGAGGAUCUUCGAGCUGGCCCGCACGCUCCAGUUGGUGGUUCUGGACGCUGACACAAUAAAUCAUCCGUCUCAGCUGGGCAAGACUUCACUUGCACCAAUCAUCGUUUACGUCAAGAUUUCCUCUCCGAAGGUCUUACAGAGAUUAAUUAAAUCUAGAGGAAAGUCUCAGGCAAAACACCUCAAUGUGCAGAUGGUGGCAGCAGACAAACUGGCUCAGUGCCCUCCAGAUCUUUUCGACAUCAUCCUGGAUGAGAAUCAGUUAGAGGACGCCUGUGAGCACAUUGCCGACUAUCUGGAAGCUUACUGGAAAUGCACACAUCCGGCCAGUUGCACUCCGACCAAUCCUCACUUAGACAAACUAACUGCUGCCCAAUCAGAAGCUCCUGAAGAUCUGUCUAGUCUGCCACUGCAGGGCAUGGGAGGCGCUCAGAAAGCUGAAAAGUCGUUAGGCGAGAGGAAGAGCUCUCUAGAAGACCAUCACCAUCACCACCACCAUAAUCGUCACCACCAUCGCCUGCAAAAGCAAGAGAGUCUGGACCAACCUGAGGAAGACGAUCCACAGGAAGAGGCCGCUAAAGAACAGGAAGUCUUACGGAGCGAGCGAAAAGUGCCGCACAUACACCACCGCUCUUCAUCCACACGGACCGAACACCACAAUCACCACCAUCACCACCACCAUCACAGUCGUGUAGCACGCACACUCUCCAGGCAAGACACGCUGGAGAGAAGAGACUCUGCAUGUGCAGAGCCACAUGCCACUUACACACAUUCAGAUUCACCUACACACUCGCAUACACGUCACACCCAGGGGGAGGAAGAGGUAGAAGAAGAGGACGAGGAUGAAGAGGAGGAGGAAGAGGAAGAAGAAGAAGAAGAAGAGGAUGAGGAAGAGGAGGAAGAUCAGCCUGUUCAACAUAACCAUCACCACCACCAUCACCACGGAAAGGGAGGAAGGGAAAGGGAGCGGGAGCAUAAUCACAGCAAACGGAACGACCAGCAACGUGGACAGCAGAGAUUGCAACGAGAACGCUAUCAUGAGCGUGAAAGACAACACUCUACUGAAGGAGAAGAGAAAAAAGAAGAGACAGACUGGGAGACUGAUCCCUACUUAGAGCAGUAAUGCACAAACCCAGAAAGCCAUGGACUGCAUCGAACAGACAAAUCGUACACCUUUUUACAAAUGCUAGAUUCAGGUCCAGAAUUAUUGCCAACAACGUUGAUCAACAACAGUAGGAAAACAGUGGAAAAGGCGCAGUUUGUAAUGCCUGAAUGAAUCUAUAGACCUAUAAUAAUUCGAUCAUGUCAAAGAUAUGUUAUAGAAACUGUGAAGUUAAAUUUUUCACAAAAGCGAAAUCGAGUUUUAGAGUUAAUAGAUUUCAUUUAGAGAUAGCAGCGUUUCAUUGAUUCAUUGUGAUUGGCCUCACAGACAGCAGAAGGCUUAAACAAUUACAAACUGCUCCUUUAGUAUUGAGAUACGAUGUACUACAAUGUUCUAUCGUGUUGACAUUCUGGCAAUUUUUGUAACAAAUCAACGGAAUGAACCAGAAAGUUGCGUACAUUGUAUACCUCCUGGAUACUGUGUAGAUCAUUCCAAAUAUUAAUGACUGAGGGAUUAGAGUUACUUGUCCAUACAGACUCAUGACUUGUACCCGUGAACUGCCAAAAUGUGCGGCUAUGGUCGUUUUUUUUGUACCUUCAGGCUGCCAGGACUAAUCAAUCAAAGCAUCAACUAGUCCAAAAUUUAUUUGAAUGCCACAAAGAAGACACAUUGCGGUCAAAUAUGUUUGUUUGGUCUCAUCUGAUACAUGUUCCAGGUCACUUUAGGUUCAGGCUCAUUGCAAAGAAUAAAUGUGUAGUAAUAGAAAAUAAUAUCUAAAAUAAAGAGAAAAAAAAAAUAGACAAUGACUAGACAGUUAUAAAGCUCAUAAUGCUAAUUCUGGGCCUGUCACACUUCACACAUAUACACCUACACGUACAUGUGCUGCUAUCCUGCCCUCUGGACUUUUGGCUCUCUGUUACUAUGCCUCCUUUGUAAAGACUGGUGUUUUUAAAUAUGACUACAUUAUUGUAAAUAAGAUAUAGGUAUCCAUGCAUACUUGUUCUAUCAGUGUGUGGACACGUGAAUAUUAAACAAUAAAUAUGAGUCAUUAAUAAUUUCA